GUGAUUGGCUGAGAGCUGUAGGGGCAUGAGGUCACCUGGUGGAGAUAUAAAGCAGGUCUGAUGGUGAACGUGCUAGUACCUGCUGAGUAGGUGAGCAUUAACACGUUCUCUGCGCUGUCUGGACGCAGAGAGAGGGGAUCAUGAGACUCGUGGCUCUGGUUGUGGUUUGCGGGCUGAUAGUCGGUCAGGACGGAGGGAGUGUGCGAGCAGCUCUGCCGGGAUUUGACUCUGCACAGAGGACACGUGCAACAGGAUCAGUCCUCUCUGCACUCACGAGAAGAACUACCGGAGAGUUUCUGUCGGAGGACGUCAACCCGUGUUUCUCCCUCAGAGAGAACGAGGAGCCGCGGCAGCUGCUGUGCACCGACCGCAGGAGUAAGUUCAACUUCAACCCGUUCGGCCUCCGCUUUGGGAAGCGCUACCUUUACGGAAGAGCCGUUAAAAGAGCCAGGACUAAUAAACUGUCACCCCCUCUUCGCCACUCUCUCUUCUCGCGAGAACUGGAGGUGCCCACAUGAAACAGAAGUGCGUCUUUCUCUGAGGACUUGUGUCCCAUAGGUGAAAAGUCAACAUGUGUCCAUUUGUGUUUAAAAAAUGACUUUUACUUCAGAUAAAAUGAUGUUUCUCUGAAUAAACUUUUGUACCUA